GGCUACUGGCGCCAUCUAGCUCUUUGAGUGUGGAUUAAAUUUAGCCUACAGGUCUAGAAUACUUAGGACGGCGCCCAUUUUUAGUAUGGGAUUAGGUAUCUGUACUAGUAUUAUUUGAUCUGUGACAAAAUGUAAUAAAGUGCCAUCUACUAGUUAAAUGAUCAACCUAGCAUGGGAUAGAAUUACAUCUACGACGUAGUAUAACGGUUAGCUAAUAGAUGUCGCUUCUAUCAGUAUAUUUUAAAUUGUAUGCUAUUUGAGUAAGGUUUUUUUAUGAAUAAAAAUUCAACAUCAAUUGUUUUGAUAUGGACAUUUGUAAAAUGAUGGUGUAAAAAUAAUAAAAUUAUUUCAUAAAUUUAUUAUCAUUGAUAAUCAUGAUGUCAAUCUGAGAUUGGCCAAGCAAUAUCUUAAAUAGCUCUCGAUAAGAAUUAAUUUUAAAAACUAUCGAACUGUCAUCAAUGUCAUUAUCUCGCUUACAGUUUACAGAGGUUAUGGAAUAUUACUGAUAUUAUCGAGACAUGCUAUGGAGACCAUUCAAUAAAAUAGUACAAUUUCAGUCGCUGCUUUUUCGUCACUCACAAAGUCGUAGUUUUGGUGUGUUCAAGUCAAAAUGUCAGUGGAAACAUUUUGUGUUUGGAGGGCAUAAAGCUGACUCAAUGUCGUCCUAUAGAUUAAGACUUAUUUUACGGGAGUACACGGUGACAAGGCUGUGGAAUGCCUGCUUCAGAACACAGCUAGUGAACUCAGUGGUGAAGCGAUGUCGCCGAGACCGUGUGCGCGUUUGGGCGUGUCUCCGUCAGACCUUGCUCCGACCGCACCGGACAUUGGCCUUCACCGUGGCUGCGUACAACCAGGAUGAUGAAGAUGAAGAUGUCGCACCCUGUAGCCAGGAUAUUAGUGAUGAAGACCUCGAGGCGCUGGUGCACGAUUUCGAGUCAGUGGACGAGCUCUCCCGAACAACGCUGUUCUGCGAGGGCUGCCAGCGGAGACUGGUUAUCGACAAGAAACAACCUGGCGUACUGUACUGCUCAUGUUCCAACGCCCAGCCUCCGCUGAUAUCCCAGGAUGGGUGGGUGCCUUACAUGGAGGCUGAUGACGUCAUCAUAUGGAGGAAAGAGUACAAGCCAGGGGGACUCUUCGCUUACAAAGUAUACGGACGCUACAAAGACCUGAAAGCCAGUGAUUUCGCUAAAAUCCAGGUAGAUGCCGCAUACCGCCGACAAUGGGACGACGCCGUCGCGGCGUUGUCUAUAGUGGAGCCAGAAGCCAACGGGGUUCGAUCCCAGACCGUGUUACAUUGGGAGGUGCUGUGGCCGAGACUAUUCGCCAACCGUGACUACGUCUACCUCCGCCGUCACAAAGAGUUCGACGUCCAAAGCAAGUGUCUCGCCCACAAGGACGCGAUAUUCACCACGCCCAAGCUCGAGCCGUGUACGACACCGCACGAAGAGAGGAGCAGUGUUCACUCUCGAGCGAAGCUCAAAGCGCAAGAAAUGGAGAGAAGUGAGAGGAAGAUAGGGAGCGGUAGGAAAGAAGAGAAGGUCAAUAAGGUGUACGUGAUAGUGGGGCGAUCGUGUACCCACCCGGAUGCUCCGGAGACCAAACACGCUAUCAGAGUCCAAGAGUACUGGAGCCAUAUGGUCGUGCGGACUAUCGACGGACCCGAUACUGUGGGCAUGGAGUUUGUGCUGACUUACUACGACGAGCCGUCGGUGGGCGGGCUGCCGGCGGGCGUGUCGGCGUGGGCCACGGGCCGCGCGGCGCCCUCCUACCUGGCGCGGAUGCACCGCGCCGCGCUGCAGUACCCUAAAUGGCGCGCCAUGCACACGGAUCAGCCAGAUUUCGAGCCUUUUGACGCUGAACAGCCCAAACCGCGCCCUGUGGGCCACAAGCCUCGCAGCUCGCAUAGACAACGCGUCAUCAACGAACUGGAUUUGGAGUCAUCGAAAGAAGGCCCAGAGUUGGACGGGAUCUACGAGCCGCGACACAAAGGCACACAGACGCUGGAGAACAAACGCGACGUGGGAAUCGACCCUAUCAAACAUGAGACAAAUUCCGAUGGUGACAAAAUGGCGGACACAGUCAAAACGAAAGAUGUUCCCGCACCGGAAACUGUCAAACCCAGCGACAGAGUCAAAGUUAUUGAAAAACUCAAGUCCAGUGAUAAGGACGAGGAACCGAAUGUAACAGACAAUGUCGAAUCGGACGAGACGAGUAAACAGUCAGAGAAAGAAGCUGAGACCGCACCGGCGAAGGAGGAGCAAUCAGAAGAGUCAGAUGGAGAAGAAACGAAGAAAAGCAGCUGGUGGCGUUACCUCUACCCGUUCUACUACUUCGUUUGAGUCAAUUAUAUCUAUACAGUGCAAUUUUAUACAUUACUGAGAGACAGAGACAAGAAAAUAAUAACAAAUGAUAAGAAAACUAACAUACGCACAAAUACUAACAGAAUGACGUCCCACUGGGCGCCCAAUGCACAAGAAAAUGCCCACUGCAAAUAUUAUUAUAGUUAUAUCUUAAGAAACAUUAGCAUUUUAUAUUGUAUUUAAUUGUUGGCCACUAUAAACUAUGAGCGAGCUAUGGCAGAAACAAACAAAUACAUUUUCAGCCAAAACCUGUAUUUCUUUAAGAAAAAAAAAGCAAAAUUAAAACUUUAGACUGGCCAACAUGUCACUAAAGAUGUCGCCAAAGAUGCUUAAGACGUCGCUAAGUGCGUUUUCACAUUAUUCGAUCCGAUGUCAGAAGGAAUUGAAAGGCAAAAAUCAAAGAUUGGCGGCUUAAAUGUAUGGGAUACCGGUCCUACAUCCGAUAUCGGAUCGGAUAAUGUGAAAACACUAAAGAUGACGCAAAAAAAUAUAGUCAUUUUCGCGCCUUUUUGUGACAAUGACGUAAAUAUUUGGCCGGACUAUGUAUAAAAAGUCAUUUAAAAUUUUAAUUGUUAUUUGUUAUAUACUUUUUUGCCAUUAAAUUUUAAACCUGUGUUGUCAUGAGAGCAAAGUUAUUUUAUACUAGUUAAGUCUCAAAGUAAGACUAUGUAACCACAAGCGAUAUAGUGGUUCUAAUAUGAAGUCUUAGCGAGUAACAAAAAUGUAGCAAUAACUUUGGUCUUGUGUACCACAAUUGUUGAAAUAAGUCUGUUUUGUUUCACCCUGUCUUUACAAAAUUUAAUGGCAAUAAUAAAUUAAUGUAAUUUAUCUUGUAACAUCAUACGUUUUAUGCCAAAGUACUACUUACAAAUCACUUAAUACGUUGGUCGUCGUCGUCGUCGAGCGCGAACGGAUUAAAAAUAAGUUGUUUUGACACCAUUACUAGUCUUAACAUUUUUGGCGUUGUAAGAUUUAAAAAAAUACGACUAAAUUGUGAAAAAAGUUUGUAUAAUUUUUACAACACAAUUGACGGUUUUGAUGUAAAUAAUAAUUGUUAUUAAGUUUUAUAGAGGCAAUACAGUAUGCAUGUUAUUUAGAUUAGAACGCGUGGUUUUCCAAACCUGGAAUGCAUUUCAAAUAAACUAUUUCAAUGAACUAUUUAUCAUUAGAUAUACUAUUUAUAUCUACAUAUAUUUAAAUCAAAUGUUACAUAUAUUUUCAUAUCUUCCUAAGGCCCAAAGUCCUUACUUUUAAUACUUAUUGAGUUCGAUUAAAUUCAAGUCGUAUUAAAUUGAAACAGAGAUGAAUUUGUUUUGAUAUAUAUGAAAAUAAAAAGUAGCUAUAGUAAGGGGAAAAGGCUACUCUAUAAGCGGCCUUAUGAGGUAGUGUAUAUCCUUCUGUGAUAUUUGAUUAAACUAGUAUAAAAUGAUAAACUGAAAUAGAUACCAUACACUAAAGAAAAAGCGAUCAAGCCCACUGGUGGCGAAGCCGGGAAUCGAACCCGGGUCUCCAGCUAUCGCGGCUGACGUUCUAAACCACUACACUACCCCGACCGCAAAUAAAAUAAAUUAUCAUUUUUAUAUACGCUUUAAUAAAAUAAUUUGAUUUGUUCCCUAUGUCGUUAGUAUAAAAUGAAUUCAAAUUCAGCUAGUAUGAAAACAAAAAAUCACGAAACAUUGUCUUCUUAUCUAUUUUUAUUUAAUUUUGUUAUCAUGCAUCAUAAAGUUGCAUAAGAGUUUUCACAUUAUCCGAUCCGAUAUCGGAUGUCGGACCGAUAUACCAUAAUUUCAGGCGCCAUCUUGGAUUUUUUCCAUUGAACGGAUAAUGUGAAAACAGGCUUAUAAAACUAUGUACUUCGAUGUAGAUACAAGUUAGCAAAAAUUUUGAUUGGCGCCUAUAAACUUAAUAGAAAUAUGGCGAAAUAUAUAUA